UAAAAGUAGGUGCACGUAUCCACCCUCUGUUCAGCACUUGAACUGUGCAGAUCACUUGUUGUUGGGAAGGCAUGGUGAUGAAAUGUACUGCUGCGUGCCUUGUGGCACUGGCCUUGCUUGGCAGCUUCUGUGAUGCUCAGUGGGAUGGUCGUAUUUACAAUUCCUUCUCACCUAGACUGCUGAAGUCACCACCAGCUCCGGAGCAGGUGCCUCUAUCUGACACCCAACAGAAAAAGCAGCCAUUUGCGAAAGAUCUAGACUGGAAGUACCCUGAAGAUCCCAAGCCUGAGGUCCAACCCGAUGUGCCUUUUGUAUUGAGACAUCCUGUUGCUGUUGCAACUGUUGCUGUUCAGUGCAGAGAGAAUGAUGUUUAUGUGGAAGUCCAGAAGGACUUUUUUGGAAAUGGCCAGUUAAUCCAUGCUUCUGACCUUAGCCUGGGAAACUGUGCCGUUGUCGCAGAAAGUCCUCAAGUGUUGAUUCUUGACUCUCAACUGCAAGACUGUGGCAGCUCAUUAAUGAUGACAGAGAAUUCCCUCAUCUACACUUUCACUGUGAACUAUAAUCCCCAACCUCUGGGUAAUGCUCCUGUGGUGAGGACCAGCAAAGCUGCUGUUCAUGUGGAAUGCCACUACCCAAGGAAGCACAAUGUGAGCAGCCUUCCUCUUGACCCCCUCUGGGUCCCAUUCGCUGCAGUUAAAGUAGCAGAGGAGUUCUUAUACUUCAGCAUGAAACUUAUGACCGACGACUGGCAGUAUGUGAGGCCAAGCUACCAGUAUUACCUGGGAGACAUCAUUAAUAUUGAGGCAUCCGUCAAGCAGUACUUCCAUGCGUAUCUCCGUGUUUUUGUGGACUACUGUGUCGCUACUCUUUCACAUGACGAUAACUCCAACCCAAGAUAUGUCUUCAUUGAAAAUGGGUGUUUGCUUGAUGCUGCGAUCACAGGCUCUACCUCAAAAUUCAUGCCUCGCACUGAAGACGACAAGCUUCACUUCCAGUUAGAGGCCUUCAGGUUCCAAGGCGCUACUAGUGGACUGCUCUACAUUACCUGCCAUGUGAGAGCAACACUUGCUACCGAUCAUCCCAAUGAGCACAACAGAGCUUGUUCCUACAUCAAUGGUGUGUGGAAGGAGGCUGGUGGUGCUGAUGCAGUUUGUGGCUCUUGUGCAUCUGGUAUUGGUGGUGGACAACCCGGCGGACAAAUCCCAGGACAAACCCCUGGACAAACCCCUGGACAAAUCCCUGGACAAACCCCUGGACAAAUCCCUGGAAAAAUCCCUGGAAAAAUCCCUGGACAAAAUGUUCUGCCUCCUCCUAAAAGGCCGGUCCGUCAUGUGCCCAAAGAAAGGCCUGAAUGGGAAGGUAAAGUCACCCUGGGUCCCUUCUCUGUUGACGAGAGGGAGGAGGAGGAGUAACUCAAUUUCCUGCCAUGACUAUAACCAUCAAAAUGGACAUUAUCAUCUGUUCAUAACUGUUUGUAUGUUAUUCUCUUGCUUCUUGUUGGAACAGUUGGAAGGAGGAAUUGAUCAAGAUACUGAGUUAAAAUCACUCAAUAGUAGUUGAAUUUAAACAAGUAAAGAAACACCACUUAGUUCAUUAAAUGUAAUCAAAUUUUGAUGCAUCAAAAACAUAAUAGAAGUGUGCAAAAACAGAAGUCCCUGUGACAAAAAAUGUAACUUGUUUUAGCCUACUAUGUAAAGAUAUUAUAUAAGGACCACUUCAUAAACUGUAAAUCUUUCAUU